UAAAGUUAACAUCAUUUCUGAAUCCGGUCUGUGUCUAGGAAUGGCCUCUGCUAACCCUUCCUGGUCCGAAAAGGACUUUUCAUGUUCCAUCUGUCAGGAUGUGUUUAGCAGCCCAGUUUCCACCCCAUGCGGACACAACUUCUGCAGAACCUGUAUUACAACGUUCUGGGAGGACCAAGUCCAGUACAAAUGUCCUUUGUGCAACAAGCUUUUCAACCCAAGACCUGAAUUACAGGUCAAUACCUUCAUAUUAGAGAUGGUUCAUCAGUUUAGAAGGUCUGUACGAGUGAAAGAGCAGCCCUGUGUUCCACCUGGGGAAAUUCCUUGUGACGUCUGUACCGGCACCCAGCUGCUGAAGUCUUGCCUGGAGUGCUUUAUCUCUUACUGCCACACCCACCUGGAGCCACAUCAGAGAGUCCCAGGCUUGAAGAGGCAUCUGCUGGUCGACCCUUUGGACCGCCUGGAAGACAGGGUGUGUAAGAAACACGGCCGACUCCUGGAGCUCUUCUGCCAGACUGACCAGGUGUGUGUGUGUGUGUUGUGCACAGUGAUGGAUCACAAGUCCCAUCCUGUUGUACCUCUGAAGGAAGAAUAUGAAGAGAAGGCGUCCCAGCUGUGGAAGAUAGAGGCUGAAGUUCAGCAGAUGAUCCAGGAGAGACAAGAAAAGAUUCAGGAGAUCAAAGACACAGUGGAUCUAAGCAAAGCUGACGCAGACAGACAGAUAUCCGAUGGCUUGCAGGUCCUAACUGGUCUGAAGCACUGCAUUGAAAAGUGGCAGGAUGAUCUCAUCCAAACGGUUAGAGAGAAACUGAAAUCCACAGAGAAAGAAGCUGAAGGCCUCCUCAAAGAGCUGGAGCAGGAAGUAGAAGAUCUGACCAAUAGAUGCUCAGAGGUGAAGCAGCUCUCACACACUGAAGACCACCGCCUCCUCCAACAGACCUUCAGAUCCCUGCAGGAUCCUCCACCCACCAGGGAGUGGACGACGGUGGAGGUCCGUCCUCCGUCAUACUUAGGGACCUUGAGGAGAUCCCUGGAUCAGCUGGAGGAGACACUGAACAUGGAGAUGAUCAAGCUGCGCGAUGCUGAACUAAAAAGGGUCCAGCAGUAUAAAGUCCAGCAGUAUAUGACUCUGGAUCCUGAUACAGCUCAUCCCAGUCUCAUCCUGUCUGAGGAUAGGAAACAAGUACAUGAUGGAGGUGGAAGGCAGAAACUCCCAGACAACCCUAAGAGAUUUAUGAAGGGUACAAAUGUUCUUACGAAGCAGAGCUUCUCCUUUGGGAGAUUUUACUUUGAGGUUCAAGUUAAAGACAAGACGGGAUGGUUGGUAGGAGUGGCCAGAGAGUCCGUCAACAGGAAAGGUGUCAUCACAACCACACCUGAUAAUGGCUACUGGACUAUCGUAUUCUACAACAAUGAGUUGAAGUUCAACGAUAACCCUGCUGUCCGUCUCCCUCUGAGAGCUGAGCUCAAGAAGGUGGGGGUGUUUGUGGAUUAUGAUGAGGGUCUGGUGUCCUUCUAUGAUGUGGAAGCCAGGGUUCAUCUCUACUCUGCUACUGAAUGCACCUUCACUGAGCGUCUCUAUCCAUUCCUCUGUCCAUGUUUACAUAAGGCUGGUAAAAACUCCUCCCCUCUGAUCAUCUCACCUGUCAAUCAAAUAGACUAGUGACAUAAGAAACCAGGUAAUGUUCUUCAUCAUCUUUUCAUCACCUACUGCUGUUGUGAACAGAGCAGUAGGAAUGCAGUUCUUCCAGUUUCUUUAUAAUUGGACCGACGGAGAGCAGAGAUUCUCAUUCAGGAGUUGUUAUGAUCUGCUGUUAUAGAUACAAAACCUAUUAUUAAUGAUUACACUACACAUUACAAAUAUAUAUACUGUUCCCUGUCUGUUUUCUCCUCAAUGCUUUCUAUAAACCUUAAUGCUAUACAAUUGUAAAGAGUUGUCGUCAGGUAAAAUAUGUUCACGGUAUCAAUUAUGAUAAUAUUCAAUUGUUUCUUAAGAAAACAUUAAAAAAAGUUGAUUGGGAUUACUGAUGUUCUAGAUUUAACAUUUUCGAUAGAUAAGGUACAUUUUCUUGUUCUUUAGAGAUGUGUGUAUUUUAAUGAAGUAUUUAAUGCUUAUACGUUGAACAUUUAUUCUUUGGUUUAUAAAGACUCAGUAGAUGAUAGGGAGACAUAAACAUGUACGUGUUCUAACUUGUUGCCUCGUGCUUUUAGGAUUCACUAGAGUUUGGUUUUAUUUACUUCUGUUGGAUUGUUGUUAUCGAUAUCUAUCUGGUUAUGUAGCGGUAGCUACAUGCUAAUCAUGUUAUUCGACUCUAUCAACUCUUGGUGUCAAUGCUAGUGACCGGACAAACAGAAUCAGUUUCCUGUUCACAUGGUUUCCUCAAUUUUGUGUUGUUGCAGAAUAAAAUACUACCGUCAUUGAGAAAUACAA